AUGCAAGCUCUAUAGUAAAAAUUUGAAAUUGUAUUGCUUUUGCCUUUUUAUUUAACUAAUGUUAAGUUGGAUGAUCAAUCUCAGAUUAUAAAUUUGAUUUUACUCUUAGAAUCAUAAUUUGAAGGAGUUUGCACGUUUGUAUAAUCAAGAGUAGGCUAUGAAUCUGAGUGAAUAAAAGUGUAUUAGACUAUUGGGUUCAGAGUGGUUAAAAGAAAAAGAUAUAUGCAUCAUUUUCUAAUGCUUUAUCAGAUAUUGAAGGUUUGGUUAGAGUCAUUGAUAAUAGAAAAUCGAAUUCUAUAUAUGAAAUGAUAAUCUCUUCGAAGUGAGAAUGCAAUAAUAUAAAGAGUAUACCCG